AUGGUGUUCGGGCUCAAGUCCAAGGAUCGAAAGUCCGCCAAUGAUCUGGAGAAAUGUAAGCGAUGAGAGGUUGCUUUUCUUUUGUUUAUAUUGUUUUUAGAGAUAAGAGUUUGAUGUUAUUUAUGUUUAGAUAAUAAACGAAUAUUUGGAGUGAAUUUGAACGAAGCUGUAGCUAACGGAGCUGUUUCUGGCUCGGUUAGGGUUCCAAGAAUCGUCUGGGAGUGCGUGAGUCAUGUGAAUCAACACGGUAAGUGGUUUUGUAUCUUUUUGUUGGCGUUUAGAUCGCUUUCUGCUUUAUCAUAGGGUUAAAACUGCUCAAUGACAUCUAUGUUAACAUGCUUUGGCUGUUUUUAACUUUCAAUUGCUCAUCCUAACGUUUUUCUACAGAUAAUAAUGCCUUUUAUCUUAAAUUUGAGCUUUAGGGUUAAAUGUGGAAGGUAUAUAUCGAAUAUCAGCGUCUAAAUCAAAGCUGGAUGAGCUGGAAAGGUUGGCUGAUGCUGGAAAUCAGAUGAGCUUUGAUGAUGUUCAUAAUGCAGCUGGGUUAUUGAAGAGGUUCCUGAGGCAAUUACCCACUCAUGUGCUUGUGAAUGUCAGGAAGAGUUGUGAAGAGGUUGCCAGUUGUAAGUUUGAGACUAAUUACUUUUGUGUAUAGUGUUUUAGGUAUUUAAUCAGUUUUAGAUAAUUACUUCGUAUUUUUGGUUUUGAACAUAAUUUCUUGGCAUUUUAUCAUAGUUUUUUAAUAAUAUGAGCAAAAAGAAUAUGUUUUGACACAAAAUCUAAAUUGAAUUUAAAAUUCAAGCUAUUUUUUAAUAUUUUUAGCUUGCCAAUGUAACUUUGACUCUCCUUGUCGAUGUGAUACUGUCAACCAAGUAUCAGCCUUACUAAAGCAAUUGCCAGUAGAAAAUUAUCAUUUGUUAUCCAUAGUGUUUGUUCAUGCUCAGCAUGUUGUCCAAAAUGUACGUUUUUGGCUCUUUUUUCUAUUUUUGUUACCUAAAAUUUAAAAAAUGUGGUUUUUAAACCUAAAAGGUUGAACUAUAUUGUAAUCUUUAAAUUUGUUUGAGAUUCUUAAAUGUAUUACAGAGUAAUGUAAACAAGAUGAACUUUGGAGCAUUGGGAGUGUUGUUACAAGCGAUGUUGAACUUGCCAAAACAAUUGAUUCGGUUAUUUUUGUUAAAUGCAACUACAAGAUUAUGUCCUGAUGCAGAGCCCGUAAGAACUUUAAAGUUUAUAGUUUUAUUGAGGUGACUCUAGUUAAAUUUUAAUAUAAACAUAUAAUUUAUACAUGGAUUGGAAUAAAUAUGGCUGUUUCAGAUGACCGAACUAUUCAAUGAGCCAGCGAUACUAGGGUAA